UGUUAUACAUGACAGUAGAAUGCACUUUGACACAUUGUACACAAAUGGAGCACAAUCUUUUAGAAUUUUUACCUAAGAUAAAGCGAGGGGCAAAAGGAGCUGCCCAGCACAUCUGCCAGAGGGAGGGAGGCAGCGUCAGGUCAGCAGCCUGAACAGACUCUUGCCUCCAGGGCUCUGACCAGCCGCAUAGCCUCCUGACAAGUUCUGUUCAAAUACCCUGGGGGCAGUUUAGGCCUGGGUGGGGCUGGAAGGGGGAAGAGAGUUUGAGGGGGACUAGACGUCAAAGAAGGAUCAGAGAUUCCACAAUUUCACAAAACUUUCGCAAACAGCUUUUUGUCCACCCCCCCUGCAUUGUCCUGGACGCCAAAUUUGCAUAAAUCCUGGAAGUUAUUACUAAGCAUUAUUAGUGGCAGCCCCAGGUAAUUUCCUCCCAGGCCUCCAUGGGGUUAUGUAUAAAGGCCCUCUGGAGUUGGCCCCUGACAGAGCCCAGAGUCUGCAGCCCAGACCCCACAAGACCAUGGCUGGCCCUGCUGCCCGGAGCCCCACGAAGCUGAUAGCCCUACAGCUGCUGCUGUGGCACAGUGCAUUCUGGACGGGGCAAGAGGCUGUGCCCCUGGACCCUGCCAGCUCCCUGCCUGUCCCCCAGAGCUUCGUGCUCAAGUGCUUAGAGCAAGUGAGGAAGAUCCAGGCCCAAGGCUCUGUGCUACAGGAGAAGCUGUGUGCCACCUACCAGCUGUGCCAUCCUGAGGAGCUGGCGCUGCUCGGCCACUCUCUGGGCAUUCCUCAGGCUCCCCUAAGCAACUGCUCCAGCCAGGGCCUGCAGCUGACAGGUUGCCUGAGCCAACUGCAGAGCGGCCUCUUCCUCUACCAGGGCCUCCUGCAGGCCCUGGCAGGGAUAUCCCCCGAGUUGUCUCCCACUGUGGACAUGCUACAGCUGGAUGUUGCCAACUUUGCCACCACUGUCUGGCAGCAGAUGGAAGACCUAGGGGUGGCCCCUGCUGUGCAUCCCACCCAGGGCACCAUGCCAACCUUCACCUCUGCCUUCCAGCGCCGGGCAGUAGGUGUCCUGGUUGCUUCCCGACUGCAGAGGCUCCUGGAGCUGGUGUACCGGGUUCUGCGCCACCUUGCUGAGCCCUGAGCAAAGCCCUCCCCACCCAGUGUAUUUAUCUCUAUUUAAUAUUUAUGCUUAUUUAAGCCUAAUAUUUAAAGUCAGGGAAGAGAGAACAGAGCCCCAGACCUCUGUAUCCUUCCCUCCAUCUCCGAGUUUCAUUCUCCUGCCUGUAGCAGUGAGAAAAAGCUCCUGUCCUCCUGUCCACUGGGUGGGAGGUAGAUAGGUAAAUACCAAGUAUUUCUUCUUGGAGCUGCUCCCUGGCCCUAGCUCUGUGGGGCACUAAGAAGAGCCACAGUGAACCCUGAGGUAUCUACCUUGGGGCCCCAGGAAGCAUGAGAAGGUCUCCCAUGUGGGAGACAAACCAACCCUGUUUAAUAUUUAAACAGCAGUGUUCCCCAACUGGAUCCUUGUAUCCCUCGUUCUGGUCAGCCAAGUCCUGUGUCCCCUCACAUCCCCAUCCCCAUAGGCAUUAUUAAGUCUCUGGAGAAACACAGGCAGCCGGGACUAGGAGUCUUGGACCUGGAAUUUGUUGAAGAAUCUAGUUUCUUUCUGUUUUGGGGGGCAUGUUUGACUCCCAGUACAAGGAGCUCAGACAUCAGUGUCCUUGGGUUUCUUGCCCCUGUCCCCACCAAAGUCAGAUUCUCCUUUUAGGACUGGGAUUAGGAAGGGAGAAGACAAGGGGCAAUCACGAAGGGAGUGUGAUGUGAAAGGAAGCCCAAGCUCAGCCUCUACCCUGUCCCCACUCUUCAUUGUAACCGUGCUGAGGAUAAUAAAGUGUUUGUCUCUAGUAAA